AUGGCUGCAGCAACUCUCUCUUUCUCUCUCUCUUUAGAUCCCCAACACCAUCACCAUCACCACCACAAAACAACACUAUCUCUCUUUACUCUUUCACCUUUCUUAAUCCCCACUAAGCACUCUCUUUUGUCCCUCAACAAAUCCCCUCAUUACCUCUUCAGAUCUUUUGUCUCUUCCACUCACUCUUCCUCUUCUUCAAACGCUGUCACCACCACCUCUUCGUUUCUUGAAGAUUCUUUUCGAACCGGAAGGUUUUUAACCAAUGAAGAGAUUGAAAAGCUCAAGAACCUUGAAAAUUUUGUACAUUUUCAAGAAUUGAAAUCUGGGUUUUUGUGGGUUCGUGUGAUGAGGCCUGAAGAGAUGGAUUCCACUGUGGGUUUGUUAGCUGAGUCGUUUGCUGAGUCAAUGUUGCUACCUUCGGGGUAUGAGAAGUUGCUGAGGUUCUUGGUGAAGCAGUAUUUGAUUGAGAGAAGAGGUGUGAUGCCUCAUGCCGUUACACUUAUUGGGUUUUAUAGAGGAAAGGAAGAAGGGGAGAGUGGUAAAGAAGUGGAAUUGGCUGGUACUGUGGAGGUUUGUUUUGAUAAAAGGGGUGCUAAUGCUUCACCUCCUUCGCCUACUCCUCCCAAAAAUUCGCCUUAUAUUUGUAACAUGACUGUCAAAAAGCCGCUUCGAAGGAAGGGUAUUGGUUGGCAUCUUCUGAAGGCGAGUGAAGAACUAAUAUCUCAGAUGAGUUCCUUUAAAGAGGUGUAUUUGCACUGCAGAAUGAUUGAUGCAGCCCCAUUUAACAUGUAUAGAAAAGCAGGAUAUAACAUCAUUAAAACAGAUAGUAUCUUAAUAUUGUUGAUGCUGCAGAGGCGUAAGCACUUGAUGUGCAAGAAGCUUCCUGUUGUUGACAGUCCCUCAAAAUCAGAUAUGUCUGGCUCUGAUGAGGAACUUUUUUCGUAAAUGGAUGUGUGGAAGUUGCAGCAUAAUUCUCUGAGGUAUAUGCAGUUUCUGCAAUAUGUUUCUCUUCACCAGUAAAACUCAUAUUCUGCUGCAAGUGUUCUAGUUCUCUCUCUUUCACAGAUACCAGACAGAGGCAGAUGUUUGUGUAAAUCACUUUUGUACAUUAUCCAAAUUGUUGGGAUUCUCCAGGUCCUGGACAUGGUCCAAUCAGGUUGUGAAUUGUGAUGAUCUUCAAUCGGGUUGGUUCCUGGAUGAGGAAGUCAAUCAGAUUACUGGCCUUGUUUGUAUGUAUCAUGUAUGGUAGAAACCUGUUUUGCUACAGUUGGCACUUAGUAGCACAUUGGUGGAUUUGAAAUCUCUGUGAACAAUCGGAAUCCCAACAGCAGAGCUUGAAUGAAGAUAAGCAAGGCCCCUAGCUGCCCCAAGUGCCACUUUGAGUCUUGAAGGCCAGUCCAUUUUUGCUUCCCCAAUUCCUAGCAUCAAAUUGCAUGUCAUUAGAUGUCAUGCAUAAUGAACAUUUUUAUGGAAACAGGGUUUGUUACAGAACCAACCAUUUAAGUGAUCUUGCAGGUUCCCUUUUUGCAUGUACUCGUAUACCAGAAAGCGGUGUUUGCCAUCAGCACAGUACCCUAUCAAGGAAACCAGAUUUGGAUGGUCAAGUCUGCUUAAGAUAUCAACUUCAACCCGGAACUCUUGUUCCCCAUCAGCUGCUUUAAAUGGCGGCAACUCCAUUUUCUUGAUUGCAACAACCUUCAGAUUUUAGAAGAGAAACAAAUUAUGAGUCAACUACUCUUUGCUUGCUACUUACCUAAUAAUAUCAGCAUUUAAUCAA